AUGAAACAGAUCGCACGUAAUUAUGUGUGGUGGGAGGAUAUAGACCGCGAGUUGGAGCGGGCGACACGGGAGUGCGCUGCGUGCGGCGAAGCCCGCCCCGCACCCCCCGCCGCACCGCUACAUUCCUGGCCUUGGCCCGCGGAGCCCUGGGAGCGGUUGCACAUGGACUUCCUCGGCCCCUUCAACGAUAAGUACUAUCUCGUUGUAAUUGACGCGCACUCCAAGUGGAUAGAAGUCGAACACGUAAGUUCCAUUUCCGCGGGAGUAGUUUGCGACUGUCUUCGGCGUUUGUUUUCGCGCUUCGGGCUACCUAAACGCAUCGUUAGCGACAAUGGCCCACCGUUUUCCUCCGCCGCCUUCGCACAAUAUCUCGAAUGCAACGGUAUUAAACACACGUUGACGCCGCCUUAUCACCCGGCGAGUAAUGGGGCAGCGGAAAAUGCUGUUCGCACGGUAAAACGGGUGCUUAAAAAAGCAGAGUUAGAACGAGUCGACGUAAAUAGGGCUUUGAGCAAAUUUUUAUUUAUGUAUCGAAACACAGAACAGAGCACGACAGGACGCGAGCCUGCGGUAGCUAUGUUCGGGCGCCGGCUUCGUGGCCGCCUCGACCUGUUGUGGCCUGACGCCGCGGAGCGAGUGCGCGCGCGUCAGCUGCGGGAGGAGGACCGUCGUGCAGCACCUCUAAGAGUUCAUUCACGGGACGAACCGGUCAUGAUAAGGAACUACACUAAAUCAGGGGGUAAGUGGACGGACGGAGUGGUGAGCGAACAAGUAGGGCCCGUGUCGUAUGCCGUUAGAACUAGCGACGGAAGAAGUCACAAGAGACACGUCGAUCAAAUAGUGUCGAGAAAGUCACGGUAUUCGCUUAGUCAAGCGGUAGGUCGCGUGUCUGACGUCGCGAGCGCAGAGAACCAGGCGCCCCCGGGGGCGGCUGACGCAGCAAGACCUGCAGAGGAGGCAGGGGAAGAGGCGGAGACGUGCACCGCCUCUCCGCCCGCGUCGCCCGCGUGGGCCUCGGAUGAUAGUCGCCCGCACAGGCAAGCUGCAUUACGUGCGCGUGAAAAAUUUAGACAAUAA